AGUGCCCGCGAGCAGGAAGACCGGUUCUUGCGGUGGCUGCUCGUGAGCGGCCGUCGCUUACGCAAAAGCUGACAGCUUGUGUCCCUUCGGCGCCUACCAAUUAGCCGAGAGUCGGCAUCAAGCCCCCGACCAGUCAACAUGAUGGCAAAAGUGGUCAUUGCAUUGGUGCUGCUGACGCUGACAGUGUGCGGCGCUAGCGGCCAAGGCAAGGGCUUGGGUCGCGGCAGAGGCCAGGGUCACGGUCAAGGUAACGGCCAAGGUCAAGGUCACGGCCACGGACGAGGCAAGAAGGGCGGACCUGUUGCUGUUGGAGGGCUCCUGGCGUCAGGCCCAAUCCCAGGAAGCGGAGGCGGCGGCCAGUUUCGCGAGUCCGGUGGAUUUCGGCAGACUAAGGGCCACCGGGUUGAAGAAGGCUUUGAGCAAACCGAUUCCUUCAACCGAGGCCAAGGCAACGGGGCUGGUUUCUUGGGCACCAACGCCGGAGUGCUUGAGUCGGGUCUCUUGCAGCAGGUCAAGGGCAAGUUCAAGAUCAUGGGCAAAGUUCGUGGAUACACGGCCGCCAGCUCCUUGCAGCAGCAGCAGCAGCAGCAGCAGGGACAGUAGCCACGAAACCACCGCCAAAACAGCCCAUCGCCUCACGAGCUCUGUCGAAACCAUUUUAUUAGCGAAGAACGGAGGCGAAUUCUCUCUUUCCUUUUAAAGAGUUUCUUAGCGAGUUACCAUCACUUUUCCUUAUCGGGUACGUGUGUCUCUAGCCUUUUUCUAGGGCCGUUCCCGAUGAUAGUGCAGUCUAAUAAACGUCUGAACCGUUCCCGUGGGUAUGCGCAGUCGAAAAAUGUCGAUUCAGAAAAUAGUGCCGUAAAAAAGGAAAAAAGAAAAGAAAAACCCGAGGGGGAAAAGAGCAGUCCGCGACGCUCAUCCUACUCCCCUCACGCGAGGAGUGACGCAGUUGUGUUGUGCGCAGUGACUUCGCCCGUUUCUCAACCCCAACUCGCUCAGGAAGACCUUCUUUGAUCGCCUUCAUUUUCUUUUUUU